UGCUCUUUCUUUGACAGCCUGGUUGCAAACACCUCUUUCUCUCUCUAAAACGUUUGGCCUCCCAUCUAUCUUUCUCUCUCUAAAAUGCUUGGCAACUAUACAUCGCCGCCGGAUCCAUUUGGCGUAGAUCUGUUGUCAUCUGUGAUACAAAGGGGAUUGUGUGGUGUUAGAGAGAGAAAUGGAGCGGUGGGUAUUGCACCGCCAUUGCCGGAGGCUCCGGCUUCAGAUCCUCAUCGACAAGUGGUCGCACGAAACGUAUUUUACUGGUGAUAUUGAAACAUCUCUACAAAAGGUGUUUACCAGAAUGGAUGAAAUUGAAUGAGGGUUUCAUUUGGUUUCCAAGAGGUGAAGCAAGACCAACAUCUGAAUUACUGGAUGUAUAGCGUGUGUUGCAACCAUGUCCGUGCGGCGGCGGUGGCGGAGACGCGGUGGCAACCGGCUACGGACACGGCUUCUUCAUUCAUUUCGCGACUCUCCAACAAAGGGGCUAUGUGAAUAUUGGUUCUCAUGCUUCAAUAAAAGUGUAUGUGAUCAGUUUUCGAGGUGUUUGUAUGUUGAGGAUCCUGUUCCUUGGUGGUGGUUGCAACAUUUCAAAGACAUCUUUGUGCUUAUUGGUGUUAAUAGAGAGAAUAAACAUAUCGUAUGGUGGAGACGGGAGAGACGAGAGCGACAGAGAGAAGAGAAAGAAGCAGAGCAAAAGGAACCCAGAGGUUCCAGCCACCGGUUCCGGCGUAGCGGCGGUGCUCAGGUUUCAAGUUACACCGAUGUCGUCGUAUUGGGACGCCGGAGGUCCGGUGAUACUACAUCGUGUUCAACCAGCUUCUUACGCGAAUCUCAGAUCUUCUUCCUAAUCGAACAAUUCUAACGUUGGUUACUUCCUUCACACCUCUAUCUUCCAAUUCCUUCAUCGCAGAUCCGAACAAAGAGAAGCCCGAAUCAUCGUGAUCGCGAAAGAAGAAGCCUCAGUCUUCACUUACUUCUACACUCACUGCGAGGAGCAAAGCUGCCUGUGGACUGAAUUAUAAACCGAAAAACAUUGUCGAUAUUGAUGCUGGAGACGUCUACAAAUUCUACAAACUUGUAGAGAUGGGAAGAAGGUACUUGUUUACAAGUAUGAAAGCAAUGGGAGUCUUGACAAGCAUUUAAACAACCCAGAUCUAACAUGGGACCAACGACUUAAGAUUUGCAUAGAUGUUGCUCAAGGUUUACGAUAUCUUCAUGACGAUGUUGGAUCUCAACAUAGAAUUCUCCACCGCGAUGUUAAAAGUUCAAACAUUCUUUUGGAUGAGAACUGGAAAGCUAAAAUCACGGAUUUUGGUUUGUCCAGAGUGGGCCCUGCGAAUAUGCAGUCUACCUUUGUUCUCUCCAAUGUAUGUGGCACAAUUGGAUAUAUUGAUCCGGACUACUACCAUACUGGUUACCUCACCCAAAAGUCUGACGUUUACUCUUUUGGGGUUGUGUUGUUUGAAGUUCUGUGUGGGAGGCUCACACGUCUUAGAGAGUACAUGGACGAGCGUCAAUUUUUAACUCUUUUGAUCAAAAUACAUUGGAGAAGGAAAACAUUAGAUACUAUCAUUUAUUCUUAUAUAAGGGAACAAAUCAACGAAGCUUCUUUAGUUACGUUUUCAAGCAUUGCCUACCGAUGUUUGAUGUGCCCAAAUGAACGUCCAACAAUGAGCCAGGUUGUGAAACAGCUGGAGAAUGCUUUACAUUAUCAACAAGUCAUUGCCAUCCUCCUCUCAGUCCAUUCCUUCCUCUUUGUCUUUUCGGCCAUGGAGUUUUGAUGUCUUUAUAAGUUUUAAUGGAGAAGGUACCUGCGAGACAUUUGCACAUAAUCUCUUCUUGGCUCUUAAACGUCGACAAGUCAUAACUUUCAAGGUCCGUGGAGAAAUUCCUAGAGAAGAAACCAUUCCACAAUCCCUCUUACUACUUAUUGAAGAAUCACGGAUAGCCAUCAUCAUAUUCUCCCGAAAUUAUGCUCGCUCUUCUCGGCGCUUGAACGAACUUGCAUUUAUUAUGAAAAAUAAGGAUGUUAGGGGGAAAGUUGUGAUACCUGUAUUUUAUGACGUGAAACCCUCUGAAGUGAAAUCACAAACAAGUUAUUAUAGAGAGGCGCUUGCCAUGCAUGAGUUAAACUACAACUACAGCAAAGGAAAGGUUGAAUCUUGGAAAAAAGCACUUGCGAAGGCAUCUGACCUUUCUGGAUGGGACGUGGCUAGUGGGGAUGAAUCGGAACACAUCCAAAAAAUGGUUGGCAGGAUUUCAAGUGAAUUGUUUGGCUUGAUGCAACAUUCCAAAGAAAGUGCUGAUACAGGCCUAAUUGGCAUACAGGCCCGUAAGCAAGAGUUGAAAUUACUUCUAGAUGUUGGUACGGGUGGUGUUCGCAUAGUUGGAAUAAGUGGGAUGUGGGGUAGUGGAAAAUCUACUCUAGCCUUAUCUAUUUAUGAUGAAAUAAUUCAUGAGUUUAAAGGUUGCUGCUUUGUCCAAAAUGUUAGAGCCAGAUCAAGAAUGCAUGGCUUGAAAAUGCUACAAGAAGAAAUUCUUUCAAAUGUGCUGAAAGAAGAAGUGACAUUAAUGAACCUUGAACAAGGAAUAUCCAUGAUGGCCAGAAGAUUAUGUCAGUCCAAAGUUCUAAUUGUCCUUGAUGAUGUAGACCACGCUGACCACUUAGAUAUGUUAGUUGGAUCAGACAACUGGUUUGGUGAGGGGAGUCGGAUAAUAUUCACCACUAGAAACCAAGAUCUGGUGACUGCUCGUAGUUCACUAGCGCAUAAUGUCAGGAUGUUAGAUGAUGAAGAGGCUAUUGAACUGUUUAGUAGGCGUGCAUUUUGGAAUAGUAAACCUGCACAGGGUUUCGAGGAGGUUUCACGAAAUAUGGUUUCUAAAUUUGGUGGUCAUCCAGCAGCACUUAUACAAAUGGGUCGUAUUCUACAUGACAAAAAUGAGUGGAAGAGCAUCUUGGAUAGAUUAGAAGGUAGACCAGUUAAUGAAAUUCUGAAAGAGUUUAAAACGUUUGAUGAUGGACUAGUGAGAAAUUUUUUUCCUCGGUUUCUCACUUGAAGGGGCUGGAGCCGAUUUGCCGUAAAGCUUCUGGUGUUCAGUUAUUUGGAUAGUAAAAGGUACACCAUUUAAUGGAGAUGUACAGUGCAUCCUGGCAAUUUACUCAAAUCACUCAGCUAAUUCAUCUACUCCCUUUCGACGGAUGUUGCUCAAACAUCCAUUUAACCAAGGUCAUGUUGAAAAUGUAAUUCAAAUUGUCCUAAUGUGAGUUGUUGAAGUAGUAUUCGUUGAGGUUGUUACGAGGGAACCUUUAAGUCAAGAAAGAAGACCGAGUCAUUAGGAAGUUUGGGUCAAGUGGAGUUAGCCUUGUUUACAUAGUAGUUUGUUAGCCUUGUUUUGUUUUAUUGUUUUCCUCUUCACAUGUCAUUUAUAUAAGUAUAUCAAUAAGAAAUAUAUACAGUAAACAAAAA